GUGAAAAAUUGAGUUUGAAAAUUUGAGACUGUUCCCAAGUUCCAAAACGGUUUGCUGGAUUCUUCAUUGAAAAUUUAGAGGGGUCUUCAGCGAUGAUUUUAACGCGAAGCUUAUGCCUGCUUCUGGUCCUCUAUCUGGCCAACGGAGGUGAGACCUCAAACUUACCAGAUCACCAACCAUACAAAUACUACACAACACAAAGAUCCGACAACGUUUACAUCACAGACAAGUACGGGCAGGUGGUGGUAGUUGAACCUUCCUGGUCGAGGUCUGCGAAGAGUUAUCCCACUCCCGUCUACACCAGAAGGUGCUACAACUGCAUCUCUAGGAACGUCUACUACACAGACCCUUACACGAGAAGAGUCUACCUUAAAGACCAGUUUGGAAACAGCGUCCUGGUAAACCCAGGGUAUUUGAGUGCAGUUUACCCUUCCUACAGGAAUAGUAGAUACUAUUCCUCACACGAGGACUACGUUUACGUCAACGAUAUGUAUGGCAGGACCAGAGCUGUGCCCAAAUCGAGAUACCUUUAUGAAUACGCCAAAGGAUACUAACAACACAGCCUCACGUACAAGAGUAGUUUGUAGCCUGAUAAUUUGGACUCCUUCACCUCCAUUUCACCCCACUCUAACUUUUUUUUACUUGGUUUUACUCAUUUUGAAGCAACUUGGAAGAAAGUGAACCAUCCUAGAGAGCUCAGGCCUUUAUAUUUUUCAACUCGACCCUGCGACGAAUGCUGGAGCAAGGAGAAGCAAAAACUGUCGAAAAUAACCAACAAAUGCAGGCAGAAAACAGAAAUGGGAAGCUCGAAACUUAUGGAAAAACUCUGUCCAGAUCGGCAAACGAAACCUGUACAUUCUUACGUACCAAAGGAAAUAAAAAUAGGCGUUCCACAUAGACCAAGCAAAAAUGACUGGGAUUACUGGAUCCCCAGUCCACUACCACAACGAUACCCGAAGCUAAAACAGACAAAACCCAAGGUCAACUACCAAACUGGAUUUUACAUGGGCGGUUUUGGCUAUAAAAUCGAACAAAACUUGGGAUUCGGGCGUCCGGUAAAGGUGAAAACCAAGUGUCAACGACUUGAUUGUGACCAAAAUCAAGAUAUAGGGAGAUCAGGGUUAAAAAUUAGCCUGACAAAGAUCCAUAAGACGAAACCAAACAGACAAGACACAACAAAAUCACAUGAAAACCACAAAGUCCCAGUAAACAACACGAAACAACUACAACUGUCCGACGUAGAUGGCAUGGUAGAAUUUCAACCCAUCAAUCCUGCAACGAGCACCAAGACACCUUCCAGGCUCAAACCAGAUAAAUGCAGGAAGAAGGAAGAUUGCAGCAACAAUCUAUCGUGCAUUGCUGGUCAAUGCGUCGGCCCAGAUCACAAGACAUGCAAGGAUUUCAAGUGCCGACUCCUGGCUACAAAGGUAAUCCAGUCAAAGGCUGCACCAAAAAGAUGAACAGCGUAUUCAGUGUUUUGAGCGAACAGCAGUAUACCGAGGAAAAUGAUGUAUCGAAGUUGUAAUUUUUAUACAUAUAUGUUAAUCUUGACUA